CCCACAUGCCUGCUUAAAGCCAUCCUCAUCUCCUGCCCCUGUCAGUCCUCGCCGGAGCCCAGCCAUUAUCCAGGACUUGUGGGCCGCCCCUGAUCAGAGGGAGCGCAGGACCAUGUCUGACGCAGAGGAGGUGGUGGAGGAGUACGAGGAGGAGCAGGAAGAAGAGGAAGACUGGCAAGAAGACGAUGAUGAGCAGGAGGAGGCAGUGGACGAGGAGGUUGAUGGUGAGGCUGAGGCUGAGGAGGAGGAGGCAGAGGAGCCCAAGGCAGAAGAGGAUGGACCCGAGGAGGAUGCCAAAGAGGCUGAAGAUGGUCCAGUGGAGGAGUCCAAACCCAAGCCCAGGUUGUUCAUGCCCAACUUGAUACCACCCAAGAUCCCCGAUGGGGAGAGAGUGGACUUUGAUGACAUCCACCGGAAGCGCAUGGAGAAGGACCUGAACGAGCUGCAGACGCUGAUCGAAGCUCACUUUGAGAACAGGAAGAAGGAGGAAGAGGAGCUCAUUUCUCUCAAGGACAGAAUCGAGAAGCGGCGGGCUGAGCGUGCAGAGCAGCAGCGCAUCCGCAAUGAGCGUGAGAAAGAGCGACAGAACCGUCUGGCUGAAGAGAGGGCCAGGCGAGAGGAGGAGGAGAACAGGAGGAAGGCUGAGGAUGAGGCCCGGAAGAAGAAGGCUUUGUCUAACAUGAUGCAUUUUGGAGGAUACAUCCAGAAGACAGAACGGAAGAGUGGGAAGAGGCAGACCGAGCGGGAAAAGAAGAAGAAGAUUCUGGCUGAGAGGAGGAAGGUGUUGGCUAUCGACCACCUGAAUGAAGAUCAGCUGAGGGAGAAGGCCAAGGAACUGUGGCAGAGCAUCUAUAACCUGGAGGCGGAGAAGUUUGACCUGCAGGAGAAGUUCAAGCAGCAGAAAUACGAGAUCAAUGUUCUCCGAAACAGGAUCAAUGACAACCAGAAAGUCUCCAAGACCCGUGGGAAGGCCAAAGUCACUGGACGCUGGAAGUAGAUGCUGCUGAGCGCCCUCCCCCCACUUCAGGAAAGCUCUGCUCCUUGCCCGCAUUCCUGCCCUGCCCUACCAAACUCUGGGAUUCCCCUAGACAGAUUCUUGCGCAGAAAUGAAGAACUAGCCCAGCUGGAAGCCAGUCCACCUGUAUGUCCCUCACUCGCACUAUGCCAGGAAUAAAAGUCGAAUGCCUAUUGUA